AUGCAUCUUCUCCGACUCGCGAAUCGUACUAGCCUGGCUCAGCUCGUCAACCAUAGCACAGGCCUGGGACGUUUAGUGAGCAACCGGAUGAAAGAGAUAGAAAAAAUCGUCUUCGCCCUACGCAAGGAUGGCUUGUCCGUUGAAUUCCGAUACAUCGCCACAAAAGAAAAUCCCGCAGAUGCUGGCACACGGGGUCUGCCAAAAGACCAACUUCAAAGUCACUCAUGGUGGUCAGGUCCGAAGUUUCUACGGGAACCACCGCAUCAGUGGACUCACCCAGUAUACCAUCUCUACGAAGACACCAGCAACGAGCUGGAAAAUGUCGUGGUGACAUCUAUCGAAUCAGAUACUCCUUUGAAAACGGCACCUUUAAUCGACCUCACACGAUUCAGCACGUUUUUUCAUUCCCGUGCAAAACGAGUGACAGUCAUCGCUCUAAUUUUUUCGAGAAACUUGUGA